ACACGAGCAGCCCACAUCUGCCCGGCCAGAGGGGCUCUGCGUGCUGGGUUGGGUGACAGUGCUCGGGGCGUGCCGUGAGUCGCCUCUCCUCUAGUGCAGGGCAGGCACCGACGCCUGGCAGGCGCGUUUUCGCUGCCGUGUGGGCCGGCGUCAGCCUCCAUUGAAGCGGCACCAUGACGGAAUUCCUGCGCCGCGGCGCCCCGGGCAUGAAGUCCGUCAAGGACAUGCCGGUGGUCCAGGACGGCCCUCCGCCCGGCGGCUUCCCCGCAAUCCGCUACGCGCGGCGCGUGCCCAGCUCCGGACCCACCGGCCUCACCCUGUUCACAGUGGGUGCGGCGGUGAUGGCCUACGGCUUCUACAAGGUGGGGCAGGGCAACCGCGAGCGCCGCGGCAUCAAGGCGGAGCACUUCGCCAUGCGCGCCUCGCUGGUGCCCUUCCUUCAGGCGGAGGAGGACCGGCGGUGGGUGGUGAAGCACCAGGAAUUCCUGGCCAAGCAGCAGGCGGUGAUGAAGGAUGUGCCCGGCUUUGAGGUGGGCCAGAGCGUGUACAAGACGCGCUGGAUGCCGCCAGCCAAGCCAGUGGGCGCCUGGGAGUGAGGCAUCCGCCUGGGCCGCUGGCCUCCCGGAUACCAUUCUGGACGCAUGGGCCACCUGGCGCCAGCUGGACACAGCUGCUGGGCAUGAUGUGCUGUGCUGCCGCCAGCACCCGCCACCUCCACCUUCUCUCUGCGCUCCCUCGUGCUUUUGCGCUGAUUGUAACAGCUUGUACCCGU